UGUGUCGCCCAAAAUGGAAAUGUACUCACUGAGCGAGUGAGUGUGUGUGUUUAGCCAAAGCCAGGAUCGUGCUGGCGAGGCAGCGAGAGGUUGUUUGAGAAGGCGGAGUCACAUUUCACGACAUCUGCACUUUGUUUGCUCGGCAGGCCGAGCUCAGCCGGACACAUUUUUUAAAGCCACGGCGGCCAUGUUAGUCAUCAGCAGCAGGAUGUAUUUUAAAUGUGCCGUGAUGGCAGCGAUCCUCAGGUGAUGUGAGCGAGGGGCACGGGGUCGUCCAGGCACGGGGGGGUAGACUCCCGCUGCCGGUGUUUGUCGUUCACGCCGCACGCCGACGCUUCCAGGCGGCGAGGAGGCUGCGUGGCUCCUCGGAGAAGCACCGCCUCCCAGGCGGCGCGGCGGAAGGCCUUGCUGACAAAACAGUAGAGGAAGAAGUUGACGGCUGUGUUGAGCAUGGCCACCAUGUUGGAAAGGUCGUAGGCCAGGUGGACGCGCCAGUCGCGGUGCACCGAGGACACGUGCAGGUGGUAGAUGACCACCACGGUCCUGGGCGCCCACAGCACAGAGAAGGCGGUGGUGACGGCCAGCAACAUGGCUGUGGCCUUCCCGAGGCGGCGCGGCGGGGCCCCCUCGGCGCCGGGCUCCCUCCGCUUCGACCUCAGCCUGCAGAGGAUCAUUGAGUUCAGCACCAGGAAGAUGCUGCACGGCAGGAAGUAGAUGAUGGUCACGUGACUCCAAAUGAGGGCAGCGUCCAGCGGUGUCGGCGGGUCGGCAUUCCGCCACAUGUCCGACCACCAGAAGAACGGCACCCCGGAGGCCAGCGAGCACGCCAUGACCAAUGCGAUGAUCCUCCAGGCCCGCGCCGGGUAGCUGAUUUGACGGUGGAGGAGCGGGUGGCACAGCGCCACGUAGCGGUCCACGGUUAGGGGCACGGUGGACCAGAUGGAGGCGUGGUUGGCCGCAAAUUCGGCCGCGCUGACCGCGUGCAGCAAUAGGAGGGGGACCUCGCGGUGGAACACCGCCGUCUCCAGCAGGAAGCCCACGAAGAUGAUGAAAAGCUGGGAGAGAAGGUCUGAGGCGGUGACGGCCAGAAGGUAGCAGUAGAGCGCCCUCUUGGUGCGGGAGGCCAACCUCCACAAGACCACCGCCGUCAACACGUUGACUGCAACACCACAGAGGAAGAACAUUUGUGAUGGCCACGCUACUGAAGAACCACGUGGACAAAACAUCCCAAAUGUUCCUGCGUACCUGGCAAGCCCACACACAGCAGAACGCUGUAGUAGACCACAGGGAUGAAGCCCAGGACACAUUUGGACUUGUGGAUCUCCUCCGGCUUCAGGCUCGGCUCCUGCCGGACGGUCCCGGUGACGUUGGGCCACUCCACCAUGACGGUGUUGCUGUAUGAGGACAGACGGAGAGGAAGCACGCCAACGUUUGGACAAGCUGCUCAAAGUGUUUUCAUCUUCUGGUCAACACCAGAUGGACCCUCCCGACCCCCCAUUAGCCUCCUCACCUUUUCACCUGGAUGACCUCCAUGCUGUUUUUCUACUCACUCCAUGUGCAGGACAACGCGGACAAGGAUGGGGGGGUCAAUGUGGUCCAAACUUAAGACAUCUAGCUGCGCCCAUCAGAUGAUUGACAGCCUUCAUAACUUUUCAUGUUUCACCACGGCAACACCCUCACGUUCCAGCUGGGAUGAAGACAUCCUUCAGGGUGUCGGAUGAGCCUCUGAGAAAACAUGACACUCAGCGUGUCCUCAAAGGCUGCGGGGGAAGACCGUGUCCUGCCCCCCCCCCCCCAAAUGUCCAAAACAUGUUCAGCCAUCUCAUACCGGACCCCUUACCUUAUGUCCACGACACCCCCGGCUGCUCGUUCCCAACCAGAAGACGAGAAGUCAGUGGACUCACCAGCCAGCCCAGAGUGAGCAGAGAAGAGAAAUGAAGAGGAUGGGAGAGGGAGGGGGUGGGCGGAGAAGCUCUGAGAGAGGGAUGGACGUAGGAGAAAGAAAACAUGAAGACAACAUCGAGUCAACAUCAAAAAGCGACGAAGAAACUCACAAUUUUACUACUUUUUUUUUUACUACUACUUUUGGAUCAACAUUUGCAAUAAAAAGCACUGUUGUAAUUGUUAGAUUAAAUUGAGCUCCGGAACUUUCCCAUCCUCGUUUUAAUUUCCAAAAUAAGCUUUUGAAAAUGAGCUAGCUUACCUGACACACUGCCAUUUUGGGGACACAUACUGCAUCAACAUGGCUUCUUAUAUUGAGUUCAAGCUAAAAGUCAGCUAACGUCCAUAGCUUGUUUUCCAUGAAUUAAGAAAUAUAGUAAGAACAGAUAGAUUGUAAUAUUAGACAACACGUCACUAGCAUGUCACUACUUAUAAAUUGCUUGAAAAUGUGCUUUAAAGGCAUAAAUAAGCUUUAAGAAAUUAGAUACCUUAACUGACAGACUGCCAUUUUGGGGACACACGCGUCACCGUGUCUUGUUAUGGGUGACGGAUAAAAGCUAGCAAGCCUUUGCAGCUUGUUUUCUGUUAAUUCAUGGCAUAAUUAUAGUAGGAAUAACAGAAUUGUAAUAUUUGGCACUCCACUAAUCCAUUGUUAUUGUUCAAUUGCUUGAAAAAAAAAGUAAGCUUUAGGAAAUGACCUCGCUGACCUGACACUGCCAUUUUGGGGCCGCACGUGUCAUCAUGGCGUUAUAUGGCUUGAGGCUAAAAGCUAGCUAGCUUCUAUAGAUAGUUUUCUUUGAUUUCAUUGAAUAAAUAUAGUCAGAAGCGUUUAAUUGUAAUAUUUGACACAUUACUAUUAGUAAAUUGCUUGAAAGUUAGCUUUAAUGGAAAAAAAUAAAGAUUUUGGAAAUGAACUAGCUUAACUGACACACUGCCAUUUUGGAGACAUGGCCUUAUAUGGGGCAAGGCUAAAAGCUAGCUUCCAUAGCUUGUGUUUUCUGAUUUUCAUUGAAUAAUUAUAGUCAGGAGAGUUGAAUUGGAAUAUUUGACACAUUACUAUUAGUAAAUUGCUUGAAAGUUAGCUUUAAUGGCAAAAAAUAAAGGUUUUGGAAAUGAACUAGCUUAAGUGACACACUACCAUUUUGGAGAAAUGGCCUUAUAUGGGGCAAGGCUAAAACCUAGCUUCCAUAGCUUGUGUUCUAUGAUUUUCAUUGAAUAAAUAUAGUCAGAAGAGUUUAAUUGUAAUAUUUGACACAUUACUAUUAGUAAAUUGCUUGAAAACUAGCUUUAAUGGAAAAAAAUAAAGGUUUUGGAAAUAAAUUAGCUUAAGUGACACAGGGCUUUAUAUGGGUUAAUGCUAAAAGCUAGCUUCCAUAGCUUGUGUUCUAUGAUUUUCAUUGAAUAAAUAUAGUCAGAAGAGUUGAAUUGUAAUAUUUGACACAUUACUAUUAAGUAAAUUGCUUGAAAGUUAGUUUUAAUGGCAACAAAUAAAGGUUUUGAAAAUGAACUAGCUUAACAGACACAGGGCUUUAUAUGGGUUAAGGCUAAAUGCUAGCUUCCAUAGCUUGAUUUCAUUGAAUAAAUACAGUCAGAGGUACAACUGAACGUAUUAUUUGACACUCUAUGAGCACAUUCAAAUUGUUAAGUGCUUUAAAAUAACUUUAAUGGCAAAAAGCACACUUUCGAAAAUUAGUGCGCUUACCUAACACAUUUUUAACACAUUUUGGGGACACACACGUCAGUUUGUUUUUUAGGAGUUCAUUGACAAAAUAUAGUAAGAACAAUUGGAUUGUCAUAUUUCACAUGUUAUUAAGGCAUUACUAUUGCUUUAAAAUGAGCUUUAAAAGGGAAAUUACAUUUAAUUACAUUUAAAGUGUUUUUGGGAGACAAUGCGCCACCUGGUGGACACAGUGUUCAAGUACAACAACUAAGCCACAGAGCUGCAGUCGACCUUCAUUGUGACCUUCACAUUGUUGGAUCUGUAAGGUGAAAAAAAGAUAUUUCCAAAAAGGUUGCAGGUUCUUUGGGGAGCAGCUGGGUUCUGUAGGUCAGAGGAAUUCUACAGCUCUACAUUCACUAACGAGUAAUUUCAAAUCAUUACCAUUAUUGAUGGUGCUAACGAGGCUUGCUGGUGGCUGUUGUCAUAACAACCAUAAAGUUUACUGGGUCACCUUAAAAACUUUUUAAAAACGAUUUUAAAAUCUUUUGGGCGACUUGAGUCUCAGGGGGGGCAGGCGUCGGCUCUUAUCAAGGCUGCGUCGCCAACCACAUUUCCAUGGAGGACAUCUCUGGCUCCACCCACCGGUCGAUGAAGCUCGACUGUGACAAGAAGAGCCGGUGGCCCACAUUCCAAACACGUCAACCUCCCGGGCUAGCAGGACGCACGCACGGAAGGAGAAGAAGAUGGAGAAGAAGGAGAAGACUGAGAAAAAGAUGGAGAUGUUUGCCAACAUCUGCGUGCUUCUUCUGGCUUUGGGUACUCGGGCGGCAACAGCAGGCCCGCUGAAGGUGGAUGACGACCAAGAUGGCGGCGGCGUGGACGCCAUCAGCCACUCGCUGGCGUUGGUGCAGCGUCUGGAAGCGCUGCUCCUUCAGGGGAACGGUAGCGAUGUGACGCUGCGGGUGGAGACCCCCAACGCGGACGAAGUGAAGCUGAUCCCGGCCCACGCUUUGGUUCUGUCGCUGCAGAGUCCGGUUUUCCAGGAGUUGCUGCUGACCCGCAACGGCAGCAUGCUGACGCUGAGGGAGAGCGCCGACUGCGCCGCCAUCUUUGACAAGUUUGUCAGGUACCUCUACUGUGGCGACAUCUCGCUGCGUCUGAACCACGCCAUGCCCCUCCACCAACUGGCCUCCAAGUACCAAGUGGGGGCACUGCAGCAGGGCGUCACACGAUACAUGACGCAGAACCUGGCUAGGGACUCGCCAUCGGGCCACGUAGCGGGAUGGUAUGAGUAUGCGGUGCAGGCCGGCGACGUUGUGCUAAGGGACGGGUGCCUCCAGUACCUGGCGUGGAACCUGUCGUCGGUGAUGCAGAGCGGCGAGUGGGUGGGGCUAAGCAGCCAGCUGCUCAUGUCGCUGCUGCAGCGUUCCGACUUAGUCCUGCAGAGCGAGAUGGAGCUCUUUGCGGCGUUGGAGGCCUGGAUCGUACACAACCGCCCCGACGGCCUGACGGCGGAGAACGCGCUUAGAGCCGUGCGCUACGCCAUGAUGCCGCCGCGCGAGCUCUUCCGCCUGCAGACCCAGUCGGCGGUUCUGGCCCGGUAUCAGGAAUCCGUGCGGGACUUGCUCUACAUGUCCUACCAGUUCCACUCGGCCUCGCCGGUGCACAUGGCCAAGUUCUUCGACGUCAACUGUAGUCUCUUUGUACCGAGGAACUACCUGGCACCACUGUGGGGGUCCUCCUGGGUCAUCAGCAACCCCACCCGUGACGACCGCAGUACCAGUUUCCAGACGCAGCUCGGACCCAGCGGUCACGACGCCAGCAAGCGGGUCACGUGGAACGUUCUGUUCUCGCCACGCUGGCUGCCGCUCAGCAUGAGGCCCAUGUACACGGAGACCGGUGCCAUGCAGCCCACUCGGGUGGACGGGGGGCGCCCCCGUAUCAUCAUCACGCCUGCCACGUCCAGUGCCGACUUUGCCGGAGUCAGUUUCCAGAAGACGGUCCUGGUACUGGCCCAACAGCAGGGCAGGCUCGUGGUCAAACACGUGUACAACUUCCACCAGAGCACCGAGGAGAACGGCGACUUCCUGGCCGAAGCCGACCUGUACCGCCGCUCCUCGGAAUACCUGCUGGAUGGAUCCCUGCUGCUCCACGUCAUGGUUAAACCGCUCUACCAGAACCUCAUUGCCACCAAGAACUGAGCCCACAUUCCCAAUCGGAACCAUGCCUUUGGAUCUCCUCAAACCUCAACUGACAAGCGUGUUGAGGCGCCACCUGGUGGGCUGGUUACUAAAUUACACCACUUGACAAAAAUAUCACGAUUGACAAAGAAUCUGCCUCCAAACAAGUCGGAACCAGCUGGUCAUGUGACCAACCAUCAAAGGUUUGCUGUGACCAUAUUUGGACAAGAAGGCCGCAGGAAAAACACAGAAGAAAAUGCGAUUUUGUCAAGAAAUGAAAAAAGGAAAGGAGACUUCCAAAGUGGAUCAGCAGGAAGGUUCUGUUUGGGAAAAGCUGUUUGCUGUCAUGUAAUGGUGCUAUUCUACUUUCUAUAGAAUUCUAUUCUAUAUUCUAUUUGAUUCUAUUCUAUUGUAUAGUCUAUUAGUCUGCUGUUUGGUGCUCCUUCAGUUCUUUCUACGUGAAUUAAAUCA